UUGUCCUCCACGUUUCCUCGCCUCAAGGAUUGCAUCUUUGACCUCUGUCGCUCUGUAUUUUAUCUUCUGCUUCAAAAACUCGAUUCUAUAUAUGUAUAUGAGUGAACCCAAAAACCUCUCAAAGGUGGAACUCGCUUAUUCAAUAAGGAAUACGAUAGUAUCUUUCUUUCAAACUCACCUUCAAUAAUGUUUUCAGGUACUGAUUUUCUCCUCAAACCCAUUUUCCUCCGCGGGUUUUCUGGCUCUUUACACUUACUUUUGUUAUUUGUGUUAUUAGUCACGUUUGUUUUUAAGAAACUUAGUGUGGGUGGUAGUGAAGAUAUUAAACAGAGGUUUGAUAAUACCAAGAGGGCAUUGUGUUACAAACUCGCUCUGUUCUGUUGUCUGGGCGUUUCGGUGUCCAGUUUUGUCUGGUGCUUAUUGAGCUACUUCUAUUGGUAUAGGAGUGGUUGGUCUGAUGAUGAAAUAGUUACCCUUUCGGAUUUCGCGCUUAGAGCAAUCUCUUGGGGUGCACUUUCUGUCUAUUUGCAUACCCAAUUUUUUAUUUUACCUGAUAUUAAGUUCCUAUUUCUAUUGAGAGUUUGGUGGGGCGUUUAUUUUUCAAUUUCUUGUUAUUGUCUUGUCGUGGACAUUUUUCUUUAUGGAAAACAUGAACAUGUGUCCUCCCAAGUUCACUAUUUAGUAUCAGAUGCAGUCUCUGUCUUCACUGGUUUGUUUCUUUGUUUUGUGGGGUUCUUGAAAAUUAAGGGUGAAUAUACACUUCUUGAAGAACCUCUAUUAGAUGGUAAUAAUUUAGAUUCAACCAAGUCUAGGGGAGGUGAUUUUGUAACUCCUUACUCAAAUGCUGGUAUUUUCAGCUUUCUUACCUUCUCUUGGAUGGGUUCCCUAAUUGCUGUUGGUAAUAAGAAAUCCAUAGACAUUGAAGAUGUUCCUCAACUUCAUAGUGUGGAUAGUGCAGUUGGGUCUUUUCCAGUUUUCAAAAAUAAACUCGAGUCAUAUAGUGGUGCCACUAGUGGAGUUACUACAUUUAAGCUUGUGAAGGCACUGUUCUCAUCAGUUUGGAAAGAAAUUCUGUAUACAGCUUUUCUUGCGCUGCUGUACACAGCGGCUUCCUAUGUCGGUCCAUACCUUAUAGAUGCGUUUGUUCAAUGCCUCAAUGGGCGAGGGCAGUAUAAAAAUCAGGGAUAUAUUUUAGCUUCUGCCUUUUUUAUUGGGAAGGUUGUAGAGUGCCUCUCACAGAGGCACUGGUUCUUUUGGUUGCAGCGAAUUGGAAUUAGGAUGCGCUCAGUACUUAUGGCUAUGAUCUACAACAAAGGCUUAACCAUUUCAUGCCAGUCAAAGCAAGGCCACACUAGUGGGGAGAUCAUCAAUUUUAUGACAGUUGAUGCAGGGCGAAUUGGUGACUUUAGCGGGUACAUGCAUGAUCCUUGGCUGGUAAUCAUCCAAGUUAGUUUGGCCUUAUUUAUAUUGUAUAAAAAUCUUGGGCUUGCAGCAGUUGCAGCUUUGCUUGCAACUAUUAUUGUCAUGUUGUUGAACUAUCCAUUAGGGAGACUACAGGAGAGAUUUCAGGAGAAGUUAAUGGAAUCUAAAGACAAAAGAAUGAAAGCAACAUCUGAGAUAUUAAGGAAUAUGAGAAUCCUGAAGCUGCAGGCAUGGGAAAUGAAGUUUUUGUCUAAGAUUAUUGAGCUCCGAAACACUGAGACAGGAUGGUUGAAGAAAUUUGUUUACACUUCAGCAAUUGUCGGUUUUGUCUUCUGGGCUGCUCCUACUUUAGUGUCUGUGUCCACUUUUGGUACUUGUGUGCUUUUGGGAAUCCCACUUGAGUCAGGGAAAAUCUUGUCCGCACUUGCCACAUUUAGGAUUCUUCAGCAGCCAAUCUAUAAUCUUCCUGACACAAUUUCUAUGAUGGUUCAAACCAAGGUUUCCCUCGACAGAAUUGCAUCUUUCCUACGUCUCGAUGACUUGCAGUCUGAUGUUAUAGAGAAGAUUCCUAGAGGUAGUUCUGACACAGCAGUAGAAAUAGGUGAUGGGAAUUUCUCGUGGGACUUGUCUUCUCCAAAUCCAACCCUAAAAGACAUUAAUUUUAAAGUUUUCCAUGGUAUGAGGGUUCUGUACCAUGGUAUGAAGGGUUUGGCUGUAUGUGGUACUUUGUUGGAUUCAGGCAAGUCGAGCUUACUGUCCUGCUAUUUUGGAGAGGUGGCCCAAGAAUAUCGGGGACACUUAUAGCUAUGUGGGAAAAAAGGCCUAUGUUGUCAGUUGCCUUGGAUUCAGAGUGGCAAGAUUGAAAGAGAACAUAUUAUUGGCAACGGAGAUGGACAAAAGAAAGGUAAGAAAGGAUAAUUGGAGGCAUGUUCUCUGAAGAAGGACCUGGAAAUCCUCUCAUGCGUGACCCACAGUUAUAGGUUGAGAGGGGUAUCAAUUCUGAGUGGUUUGGAAAGAACAGAGAAUACAAAUAGCAACGAGUCUCUACAAGAUGCUGAUAUCUAUCUAUUUGACGAUCCCUUUGCGCAGUUUGAUGCUCAUACCGGAAAACAUCUAUUUAAGGAAGUUUUGCUUGGCCUGUUUGACCGUACUGUUAUUUAUGUUACUCAUCAAGUUGAAUUCUUACCAGUUGCUGAUUUAAUAUUGGUGAUGAAAGAUGGAAGGAUCACACAGGCUGGGAGUACGAUGACAUUCUCAAUUAAGUACGAUGACAUUCUCAAUUCAGGGUCUGAUUUUAUGGAACUUGUUAGUGCACAUAAGACAGCUUUAUCUGUACUUGAUUCCAAACAGGCAGGGUUGACUUCUGGAAAUGAAAGUAUCAGCCAGGAUGUUGAUGGCAUGAGCAUUACCAAUGGAGUUCUAUCGAAAGAAGAAAAUAAAGAUGUACAAAAUGGUAAAGCUGGAGUGAUAGCUGAGCCCAAACGACAGCUUGUUCAAGAAGAAGAGAGAGAAAAAGGUAAAGUUGGAUUCCAUGUAUACUGGAAAUAUCUGACAACUGCAUAUGGAGGAGCCGUGGUGCCCUUUUUUUUGCUGGCACAGAUUCUCUUUCAGGUCCUCCAAAUUGGUAGCAACUAUUGGAUGGCUUGGGCAACUCCGUUGUCAAAGGAUGUGGAACCUGUUGUUAGUGGGUUCAAAUUAAUAAUCGUCUAUGUAGCUUUGGCUGUUGGAAGUUCUUGUUGGAAGUUCUCUUGUGCAUUCCUCGCCCAGAGCCACAGUUUGUUUGAACAAGCGCCUGGACUAUCAUCAUUUACCAUUCAGAGACAGAGUCCUCACAAUUUUUUUGUUUUGCAGCAAUACUAUCUCCCAUCUGCAAGAGAGCUUUCACGAUUGGUUGGAGUGUGUAAAGCCCCAGUUAUCCAACAUUUCGCCGAAACAAUUUCAGGAUCGACAACUGUCAGAAGCUUUGAUCACCAAUCAAGAUUCCAAGAAACAAAUAUGAACCUGACUGAUGCAUAUUCUCGACCUCAUUUUCAUGUUGCUAGUGCAAUGGAAUGGCUUUGCUUCUCAACGCUUGAAUUAUUCUCUUCUCUCACAUUGCCUCUUCUUUGUUUCUUCUCUUUGUUUUUCUUAAUCUCUUUUCCGGAGGGAAUUAAUCCAGCCAUUGCCGGUUUAGCUGUGACAUAUGGACUCAAUCUAAACGCGCUGCAAGCUACGGUGAUAUGGAAUAUUUGCAAUCUAGAAAAUAAAAUCAUAUCAGUAGAGAGAAUACUCCAAUACAUGUCUACUCCUAGUGAGCCUCCUCUUGUAGUAGAUGAAAACCGGCCAGACCCUUCUUGGCCAUCACAUGGAGAAGUAGAUAUUUGUAAUUUGCAGGUUCGGUAUACCCCUCAUAUGCCACUCGUGUUUUACCCCUCAAAUUGCCACUCGUGUUGCAAGGUCUCACAUAGUACUUCUUCCCAAGGAGGAAAAAAACUGGAUAGAAGAACAGUGCAUCGACUUGCGAUCAAGAUAUAUAUCAUGUAUUCCUCAAGGAGUCCUAUCAUGUUCGAAGGGGAUCAGAGUAACCUGGACCCUCUUGAAGAGUACACAGAUGAUCAAAUUUGGGAGGCUCUUGAUAAGUGCCAACUUGGAGAUGAGGUUAGGAAGAAGGAGGAAAAGCUAGAUUCAACGGUCACUGAGAAUGGAGAGAACUGGAGCAUGGGUCAAAGGCAGCUAGUCUGUCUCGGGCAAGUGCUACUGAAGAAGAGUAAGGUCUUGGUUCUUGAUGAAGCUACUGCCUCGGUUGAUACAGCUACUGAUAAUUUAAUUCAGCAAACUAUUAGGCAACACUUCUUUGACUCUACAGUUAUAACCAUUGCACAUCGAAUAACUUCUGUUUUUGAUAGCGACAUGGUUCUGGUUCUAAGUCAUGGACUUGUGGAGGAAUAUGACUCUCCAGCUAGGUUACUCGAAAACAAGUCAUCGUCAUUUGCACAACUUGUAGCAGAAUAUUCAGCAAGAUCAAACUCAAGUUUUCAGAAGUUAACUGAAAUAAAUAGUGAUUCUUCACAAACCACUGUUCACCUUUCUUGACAAUGACGAAAUUGUCAUGUUUGAAUUCAGUUGUUUAGGCAACCAAAUCAAGGAUUAGAGUGUUUUAUUGUAAUCAGUUUUACUAAAAUUUUAUACUGAUUAAGGUGCAGUUUCUUGGAUUAUAUGGAGAAAAUGAACUCUUCUAAUAUGAAAUAUAUACCCUGUGGCUUUUCUUGUUUAUUGCA